AUGCUCUUUUCUUCUUUUUUUUAUUUUCUCUCUUUUCCUGUCUUUAUGUCUCUCUUUUUCAAUCUUUCUUUCUCUUUUACUAUGAUUUUCUUUUCCCAUCUUCAUGUCUCUCUUUUUUUCAUAUCGUUAGGUCUCUCUUUUUCAAUCUUUCUUUCUCUUUUACUAUCUUUUUUUCUUUUCCCAUCUUCAUGUCUCUUUUUUCCUAUCGUUAGGUCUCUCUUUUUCAAUCUUUCUUUCUCUUUUACUAUGUCUCUCUUUUUCAAUCUUUUUAUCUCUCUUUUCACUUCUUUAUUUAUCGCUCACUCUAUUUUUAUGUUUCUCUUUUCCUAUCUUUCUAUUUUACUAACGUUUUUAUCUCUCUUUUUCCUAUCUCUCACUUCCUAUCGUAUGUCUCUCUUUUCCUAUCUUUAUUUCUCUUUGUACUAUCUUCUUUAUCUUUCCGUUCCUAUCCUUAUGUCUGACUCUCUCUUUCUCUAUUUUUAUGUCUCGCUUUUCCUACCUUUCUUUCCUUUUUUCUAUUCUUUUUCUCUCUUUUCCAUUUGCAUAUUAGCUGUCGCAUGUCCAGAUGCGAUUUAUAAAGAAAAACUACUCGAAUAA